AUGUCAAUAAAAAGGGUCGACCCGUUUCACAGUGCCACCAUUGCCGAGGCUUGCGCAAAGCCCGCUCUCAGCAUGUCAAGUGCGAAUGUCAUGACAAAGCUCACUCGAAAGAGGAUUGUCCUCAUGAAAAGAAUGAAGGGAAAUCUGGUAUGCCCGCUUACAACCGUUCCAUUCGGCCACAAACUGACACGACCUCAAGAAUCACACACUUGCUGUUGCCAGCACGGCGCACGCUGUACCUGUUCUCUCAAGAAGGAACACCUCGACACGGUGCCCGAAGAUAUCCCGCAACUCAUUCAACCCAAGGAACAUCACAAGCAGCGCCUGAACAUGAAUUCGCACGAUCCUAAGACGACGAUCUUUACAAAUGGUCAUCACAAACCGGUCCAUAAGUUCAACGACGCUCACAAUCAGCUCGGAAAUCCCUACAAGAUCCCUUCUCGAUCGAAUUCACUUCAUGGCCAUCGCGAGGUCGCUCAACGUUCCACGGACAGUCUCCCACUCACCAAAUUUGCAAAGCCUUUCCAUGAGUCACCCUUACACAACUCGAUGACGGAAGCCAUGGAUAUAGUCCAGCGCAAGGUUAAAUCGGAACACAAUUCACCUGUUCUCGGACCUCAAAAUUUGGCAAAUCCUUCGAUCCGAGAUCUUCAAAUCCCAAGCUUUGAUCCCAACGCCUACUCAUAUUCCCCUUUUGGUACCGACACUCCCAACAGCCUGCAGAAUAGCCAAAAUGCCAGUCAGCAAGACCUUACCCUCCCUGAACGAUUUCCGGAGGCCUGGUUCAUGACUUACGAACAGGCUCACGAGUAUGAGCCGCCACCGGGGUCAAAAUAUAACGAGAUUGACUGGUCGACCUUCAACCUGGAUGGCAACGGUAGCGUCUACAAUACCGACAAGGCCAAUUCUCCCUACCUGUCACAACAAGUCCCACACCAAGCUAUUGAUCUGUCUAAUCAAAUCAGUCAGGCUGGAAUCACAUCGUCCAGCGGAGAAGCGUCUGAAGUAGAAGACCUGUCUCCACCAUCAAAUCGUUGGGGGAAUGAUCGUUCCAUCAACAAUGAUCGACAGAGUGGGGUGGACAACUUCAAUGACUUGAGCAGCAUUGGAGGCGAUGAUGCUUCUGACAGAUAUCGGUUGAGUUCUGCCUCGUCUUACUAUGGAACCCCUCAAGCCAACCUGUUGGCCGGUGACAACAUUGCAAGCCUCGACAUUGACGACUUUCUCAAGCAGGCUGAAGCCGAAACAAAACGCAUGCAGUUACAACAGCAAAUGGCCCAGAUGCAAAUGGCUUCGCAAGAACCACCACAACCAUCGCGAUUGUCAAGUGCGAGUCGAGGUAUGACUCCUAAUAUCUCUACUCCAGGAAGUACCGGAAAUGGCGAACAUCCGUACACGAUAAGUGAGGCACAAAGAUACGCUCAUAUGGAUGGAAUGUCGAACGAUCCUGUCGUGCAACCAAAACCUGCCAUGCCAGCUUCCAGUAUGGCCGAUGACCCUUCAUGGUCGGCUGCACCGGAUAUGUCGAAUCCCGAAUUAACCCUGGAUGACGAGCGAGAAGACGAAGAUUGGGUUCGGUGA